UCUACCCUCUUUAACAUGAAGCAUCCUCAUCAUACAGGAAAGGACAGUUGCAUGGCUGAUGAGCUGUACAAAAAGGUGCGUGUUCUGUGCUGGGUGAUGACCGGACCAAAUAACCUGGAGACGAAAGCUCGCCAUGUGAAGUCUACUUGGAGUCGUCACUGUAACAUUGUGAUUUUCAUGAGUUCUGAGGACAACCCAGACUUCCCCACAGUGGGCUUAGGUACAAAUGAGGGACGGGAUCAGCUGUACUGGAAAACUAUAAAGGCGUUCCAUUAUGUCUAUGAGCAUCACUUCAACGAGGCUGAUUGGUUCCUCAAAGCAGAUGACGACACCUACGUCAUCGUAGACAACCUGCGAUUACUUCUUGCAAACCACACAGUGGAGGAGCCAAUUUACUUCGGCCGAAAGUUCAAGCCGUACGUAAAGCAGGGCUACAUGAGUGGUGGGGCAGGAUAUGUGCUGAGCAAAGAGGCUCUGCGGAGAUUUGUGGAAGGAUUUAAAAACAAAACGUGCACUCACGCUUCCUCUAUAGAGGACCUUGAAUUGGGUCGGUGCAUGGAGAAAGUCGGGGUGUUGGCAGGUAACUCCAGGGACAGUGUGCAAAGGGAGAGAUUCCACCCAUUUGACCCUGCAGGGCACCUUGUACGAAAACAUCCCAAGAGCCACUGGUAUUGGGCAUACUGCUACUACCCCGUCUCAGAGGGUCCAAACUGCUGCUCAGACCUGUCGGUGUCUUUCCACUACGUAUCGGCUUCAGAAAUGUAUUUAUUGGAGUACUACACCUAUUACCUGCGUGCCUUUGGAUACAGCUACCUUUACGAGCCCCCUGCUCUUCACGCUAGCGUUAAAUAAAUGUCGUGUGUCUUUGGUUGAGCUGCAGCAGCUCUGAAAUGCUUGUUUUAGAAAUGAAGACUUUUUCAUACAUCCCUUAAACAACAUUUUAAAGUUUUGAAUUUAUUUUAAACAUACCCUCAAACAGAUAAAGUUCC